AUGCCCUAUGAGCCCCUUCCCUCACUCUUCCCGAUCACUCUCGAGGAGGCGGAGGAGGAGGAGGAGGUGGUCGCACCUCCUGCUAUGCCCUAUGUCCCUACCUCGGUCCCCACCCCACCUCCGCCUUCCCCCGUUGGUGAGGGGGGGAUGGAGGUGCCACCGUCUGUGGAGAUCACCGACGGGCAGCGCCUUGAGACUGAGCAGCUGCAGGACGAGAGCAGUAUGGAUGGAGUACAGCAGACAGGGGAGCAGCAGAUUGGGGAGCAGCAGACAGGGAAGCAGCAGAGUGGGGAGCAGCAGAUAGGGGAGGAGCGGAUUGAGGAGCAGCAGAUGGUGGACCAGCAGCUCGGGGAGCAACAGACCUGCACGGGCCGCGCAUGCAAGGGCGGCUCCGUGAAAGUGCGAGCGAUCGGGCAGGCCGGCGAGAACUUCAACCUCGACACUCCCGCGUGGAACAAACUCGUGGGCGGCCAGGGCGGGCAAGUGGAGGUCACGUACGAUCAGGUGGAUUGCUCUAGCAGCGGCGGAAUGGCGGUCCGACUCCUGCCCGAUGCCAGCAAGUACAAUUUCGCGCUUCAGAUUUUCGGAGCGGCGAGGCGCGGACGAGUGGAGAAGGUGGAGAUAUCCAAGGACGGGAAAGAGUGGAAGAGCAUGACGAACAACGGAUGGGGCGCGACGUGGGUGCUGAAUCCCGCCACGGGCGUCGUGGAUGCGGGGCGCGCGGUGAGCGUGCGCGUGUCGGGCAGCGGGAAGCAGGUGGUGCUGGACGGCGUGAUUCCGAGCAAGUGGAGCGGCGGAAAAAUCUACCAGAGCAGCAAAAACUUCUAG